AAUAUGUACCCUUCCCGUGCGUCUCUUUUCAAAAUCCCGAAGCAACUUUGUUACCAUACCCUGAAACCCCAGGCUUAAUUGCCGGUGGUAGAUAUCGUCUUAUGUAAUCACCAAAUCCUUGACCUAACUUCAAAAUAUACACAACCAAUCCUCCAAAAAACCACGGCCACUAUUACCACCACGUCUUUACAUUCAACGUCCCACCCCAGAAGUAUUGAAGAAUAUACUGAAUGAGAAGUAGAGGAUGCGCCUCACUUUUCCCCUCUUCAGACUCAAGCCCACCAUAUCUUCCCCCACAACCUCACUCUCAUGGCUUUCUACUCUCAAAACAAAACAACUGCAGCACAUAGCUCAGAAAACUGGUCUACCCACUUCGGGAACUAAACCCGUUCUUGUUGCGGGGUUGGAGAGUGGGCUUACGCCGUAUCGAUCUCCUCUUCCUCUUCAAGAAGAGCAAACUGCGAGGAAUGGGAAGCAAAGGGAGAAAAGGCAGGAGAGGAGAGGGAUAAGUUUAUUAAGCAUUGAUAUGGGGAUUCGGAACUUGGCGUUUGUGCAUCUGAGGUGUGAUUAUUCUUCAAGUUCGAUUUCUCCAAACCUUGGUACGGGUUUGGCGGGUAUGGACAGGGAGAAGGAGGAGGAUAAGAUUGUCCUAAACGCCUGGCGACGAAUCUCUCUUCCGUUCUCGCGACCGUAUACGGUUGAAGAGUUCGAGGCGUAUCUAAACACACCUCUCGGUGCCUCCGAGUCUCAGCCAGAGACCGAAUCCGACUCCGAGUCUUUAUCCAACCUAGAAACCCCAACCGCAAAGAAGAACCAAAAGGAGAAAGAGAAGGAGUGCUUCUCCCUCCCCAUCUACGCCGCCCACGCCCAUAGCAUAAUCUCAACCCUGCUUUCGCGGUACAACCCCACGCACAUCCUGAUCGAGCGGCAGCGGUUCCGGUCUGGUGGUGGCUCCGCCGUGCAAGAGUGGAGUCUGCGAGUGGGUGUUUUUGAGGGGAUGCUUUGGGCUGUGUUGGGGACGUUGCGUGCUCAGAGCCAGGCUGGGUUGGGGGCUCAGGGUGUGUUAGGACGAGACGGGGACGGGAAUGAUGUAGAGGGAGACGGGACUGAGCCUGCAUGGCCCUUGGUGGUCAGUAUUGAGCCGGGCCGGGUGGGCAGGUAUUUGAUGCCUCACGGUGCUUCAACUGAUUCAACCACCGCUGCGGCUGAGGCAAGCGCGAAGCCGAAGAGGAAAAAUACGAGUCGCGAAGGCAAGAAACUCAAGAUCAACCUCGUUGGGUCAUGGCUUGAGAAUGGGUCUUUUGCAAUCGGCGACGAUGCAGUGGAGCCGUGGGUUGAGAGGUAUAUGUCAAAAUGGAAGAAGGAAAAGAAGCGGGUGAAGACGAGGUCGGCAUCGAGAUUGAAAACGGAAAGACGGGCUCCUACGAAUAAGGAUGCAGAUGAUGGUGAGAACAAUGCUGCUGUUGAUAUUGGAAAACUUGAUGAUUUGGCGGAUUGUCUUGUUCAGGGAAUCACCUGGCUAGAGUGGGAGAGGAUGAGGGGGAGGGUUGCUAGGGAUGGCGUUGGUGCGGCUGGGCUUGAGUUACCAUGAUUAAUUAGAUCCUGGUGCACUAAUAUGUUUUAUUAUAUGUUCUAUUUUUUUAUGCCGUGAUACCCAUUUCACCUAUUUUUGUACACAGAUAUCUAUAGAUGUCCAGGAUAUAAGAUAUAUUCAUCAUCUACGAGGCUUGGUGUAUCAGUGAUACGAGCAUGUUCUCAUU